CCGCCCCGCGCCCCCGGCCCGCCCGCUGCCCGCUCGCCCUCGCCCGCCGCCCCGCGAUCAUGGCCGGCUGGCAGAGCUACGUGGACAACCUGAUGUGCGAUGGCUGCUGCCAGGAGGCCGCCAUUGUGGGCUACUGCGACGCCAAGUACGUCUGGGCAGCCACGGCCGGCGGCAUCUUCCAGAGCAUCACGCCAGGAGAAAUAGAUAUGAUUGUAGGAAAAGACCGAGAGGGUUUCUUCACCAACGGUCUGACCCUUGGUGCAAAGAAGUGCUCUGUGAUCAGAGAUAGCCUGUAUGUCGAUGGUGACUGCACAAUGGACAUCAGGACAAAGAGUCAAGGUGGUGAGCCGACAUAUAAUGUUGCUGUAGGCAGAGCUGGGCGAGUCUUGGUCUUUGUAAUGGGCAAAGAAGGGGUCCAUGGAGGCGGAUUGAAUAAGAAGGCAUACUCAAUGGCAAAAUACUUGAGAGACUCUGGGUUCUAGUUGUUAGGCAGACUGUUAAGUAUUAGGGGAAGAUUGCUAUUAAACUUUCCUGGCGGUGAGCUUUAAACCUUACAUUCUGGAAACUUUACUAGCAAUGCAGGGUGAUGGGGUAUGAACCUGUGUCUCCUUUGUAUCCCUUUGUUGGUGGGGAAAGGUGUUAUUUUUUUUUCCCUUUAAUUCUUUUCAUUUCUGUUUUGUUUCCUUGUGUACUCCAGCAUUGGUUAUAGUCAUGGGAAAGGAAGGUGUCCAUGGAGGGACACUCAACAAGAAAGCAUAUGAACUGGCUUUAUACCUGAGGAGGUCUGAUGUCUGAGCAGCCUCUCCCCAUCCACCUAGCAGCUGUCUGCAGCACCACCUGCUUGUGCUCAGUGCUACCAGACCGUAGAUGGUAGUUUGUGGUUUUUUAUUUACCCAUUUCCUACUGUCAUAACUCCAGUUCCCCCUUGUUCAUCUCUGUAACUCCUGUAGGUACCCGAGCCCAUCUGGCACCACCAUGAUGAUGAUAUGCAUGAUAACUUGAAACUUGGGAGGGGAACAUGCCAAGUGUAGGCUCUGCUUUGUCUUAGCAAUUAGUAUGAUAUUGACAGCUAAACCAACUGAGAUACUAAACAAGGUGCCGAUUGUACAAUCUAAUUUGAUCAAUGCCUCUUCAGCACUUUGAGCAAGUCACAGCUCACUAGUCUUCCUUUCACAGAGCACGGUUGGGAGGAAAAAAGCGUGUGCAUAUCUUCAUUUCUGUCCCUCUCUUUGUUUCUGUUUUUUAAACCCACGUGUUUGCUUACACCCAUUUUUAUAGUGCCUGGUUUGUUUAACCAAUUUGCCACUCAAAAGCUAUUAAUGUCACAUCAGUUUUGUCAUUGCACUUCACUGUAGGCUUAAGUCUCUUACUUUUUCUUGAUGUUGUCUGAAGGUUGUACUGCUUAACAAGUGCAAUCACAAAACUAUGAAAGGGUACAGAUGUACUUCCUCCCGUGACCUUAAACCACCAUCCUAAGGACUCCCCAGACAUUCCAUCAUUACAAUAGCUCAGGCACUUUUUUUUUUUUUUUUUUUUUGCCAGCUCCUGUUCUGUAGUUGACUUGUGCAAGGCUGCCACUGUGGCCAUUAGCUAGCCUGGUAUAACCAGCUGGAGUGUGUCUGGUUUCAGUUUCUCAUAGGACCAAUUUUAAUUUGCAGCUUGGGGGUCGGGGGGUGAGGGGUGGUGUUUUUGUUUUUUAAUAUGAAACUGCAAUGUCAUUGUGGAAAACUGCCACCUUCAGCUACCCUGGGAGCUCUGACUGGCUUCAGUCUUUCUGCCAGAUCACUCAGUGGUGCAGAGUUUGGCUGCUCUGAAGCUACUGUUUGGAUGAAGGUCGGUAGUUUGUAAGCUAAACUGUCAAAAUUCAUUUCAAAUUUAAAAAUCUUCAUCUGGCCUGUCACACCCUUGCUGCAGAAAUGAUGGAGUGAGCUGCCUUGUGCACGAGUCAUCUGAAAAUGUCUGUAACCAAACUCAGUUCAGGCACGGUUCUGACCUGUAUGUCCAUUGCAAGAACUGCAGAACUCUGUAUACUAAAGAAUAAAUGGGAGAUGGUAGUGGUUGGAAUAACUGA